AUGGAGAUUAUGCGCGGGAAUCAAAACCUCACGGAGAUCGAGCUCGAAUGCGACUGCGAGCAGUUUCUUGCGGUUCCUCUUAGGGAGCUGGAUGCCGGCUCUGAGGCACUCAACACCGAUCGCUCUCUGCAGCUCAACAAAUCGAUACAAGGAAAAGAAUCCAAACUGGAGACUCUAUUGCUGAAUGCACGUGCCCUGUCCUCCGCCGGCGUGGAUUGUAUGGCUCAGCUGAGGUUCCUCUGUCUCGGCGACGGCGGGGAUAAGGAUGGCUUUCCACAGGAGUUUGUUCCAUGGCUCAUCACAACGGCCUCGCCUCCGAAUGACAAGUCCGUUCUCGAGCCGCCUCAACCACAGAGCACAGAGGGCCUACUGGAGACGCUAUCUAUCAAAUCUUCCGUGGACACAUGGACGGCAUGGGAACCAUCACAAGGAUCCAGCCUGCUCGUAUUUUCGUUCCAGUCAGAAGACUGAACAGUAUUAUCGAGGCUCAAAGCUGAAGGCAAUGGUUUUCCGAGGGACUAACUCUUCGAUAGACGACCUCAAAACGCUGGUACACUGCAUUCCACUCAGCAAAUCCGGGGUAUCGCUGAGGUAUUGGAGUUUACAGGAUCAGCUCUUUCAAGGUGCAUAGAUGUUUUUAAAGUAUAUUGGCUUUGCAGGGCAUUGGCAAUGAAAGUGCUGUAUCUCCAGAUCAGUGGACUUCACGAAAUUAUCACAUAAACGUUUUAAAGACAUGUCAAAAAAAAU